UUUUCCUCGCGCGGCAUAGACCAGACACUGCAACCAAACACGGCCAAUUGGAUAACCAUGAAAAACUGAAAACCCCCACCAAAACCCCCCGCAGCUCCUUCUCUUCUCUAUCUCCACAAGAUAGAAAAUGGGUCUUCUUCAAAUACACUCUCCAAUCGCGGUGUUUCUCCGCAAACCAGUCUCGUCCUCCCAUUCUAAACCGCCUUGUCUUCCUCCGUUCCAAGAUUCCACCAAGAAUUUUGGACGAAGUUCGCUUUUUUCGUCUUCUCCUGGGAUUAGGGACAGGCUCUUGACGCUAUCCACUGUACCCAGAAAGCUGCUCUGCGCACCACCUCAAGGGAAGCACGUCAGAGAAGACUAUCUUGUGAAAAAAUUGUCGGCUCAGGAGGUGCAGGAUCUUGUGAGGGGAGAAAGGAACGUGCCCCUUAUCAUUGAUUUCUAUGCAACAUGGUGUGGACCCUGUAUUUUGAUGGCCCAAGAACUCGAAAUGCUUGCGGUGGAGUAUGAGAAUAAUGCCAUGAUUGUGAAAGUUGAUACGGACGAUGAGUAUGACUUUGCCCGAGAUAUGCAGGUACGUGGCCUGCCAACUUUGUACUUCAUCAGUCCAGAUCCCAACAAAGAGGCUAUUCGAACGGAAGGUCUUAUCCCAAUUCAGAUGAUGCGCGAUAUCCUGGACAAUGAGAUGUGAAGGCAUUGCAAAA